AUGGAUAUGGAAGACAAUUAUGAUAGUGAAGUAACACCAAUGAUUCAAUCAGAUCCAUCUCUGAAUUUGUCGCCAACUAAACAAAAUUCUAAUAACAGAUUAUUUACAUCAUUCUUAAUUUUGUUCCUUGUUUUCAUAUUUAUCGCCAUUGUUGCGGUACCUAUACUUCAAAUCGUUCUUGGUUCGUUAUAUAUCAAUGAAUGCCCGAUUGAUCAUCGAAUUCCAAUUUAUCUAAUUGUUGCUGGUGGUGCAACAUUAAUCUUGUUCAUCACUCUUGCUAUGAAGAUCAUUAUGGAGAAAUCAUCUUUGUGGAUUAUUCCUCAUGGAUUGGCAGUUUUAUUUUGUUUGGGUUGGUUUAUAACUGGAAGUGUUUGGAUUUUUCAUGCUAAAAGCAAAGUUCAACACUAUCGUCCUGAUAUUUCAAGCACUUACUGUCAAUAUUCCGUAUUUAAUUGUGCUUUUGGUACACUAUUCAUCAGUUAUGGCUUUCUCUUCGCUAGUGUAUGGAAUAAUAAUAACAGUUCAAAAUAA